AUGGCGACGGUGGCGACGACGACGUCGAUAGGCAAGGUCGGGAAAAAGAGCGGCCUGAUUUUAAGAACCCUGCAGCGGUGCAAGUCCGGGCUGAGCGCCGGCGGCGGCGGCUCAUCCGGCCGGUCGCCGUCGUCGCCUCCGGGGUGCUUCUCGGUGUACGUGGGCCCCGAGCGGGAGCGGUUCGUGGUGCGCGCCGAGUGCGCCAACCACCCGCUGUUCCGGCGCCUCCUGGACGACGCGGAGCGCGAGUACGGGUACGCGGCGCAGGGCCCGCUCGCGCUGCCCGGCUGCGACGUCGACUUCUUCCUCGACGUGCUGUGGCAGAUGGAGCGCGCCAACGCCGACGAAGAGAUCGCCGCCGCCUCCUCGCCGAUAUGCGGCCUGCACAACGGCAGCAAGGGCCGCGCGGCCGGGUACAGGAUGCUGAGCCCGCGGUCGUCGUUGCCGAUGGUUGGCAGGCAGGAGGAUCAGGUGAGAGCAUGCAGAAAGAAAAGAAAAGAUUAA